AUGCAGAUUUCUAUCAAGACAUUAAAGGGAAAGAGCAUAAACCUAGAAGUCGAAGAUAGCUCCAACACUAUCGACGUUAAGAUCCAUGGGGAGCCGAUGAGUGAACUGGUUUUGCGACUGCGUCCUUCGGGUCAGGGUGAAGCAGCCAUGCGUAUUUUUGUAGUGACUCUCAACGGCAGGAACCAUACCCUUCAGGUUAAGGGAACCGAUACCAUUGGAGAAGUCAAGACUAAAUACUUUGAGAUUGAUGGCACUCCAGUGGACCAGCAGAACAUGAUACUUGCAGGCCUGGCUCUUGAGAACAGUUGGACAGUAGCUGAAUGCGGCAUCAGGCAUGAGUCGACCAUUCACUUGACUCGACGUCUUUGCGGUUGCUAA